AUGGUAGCUCGCGUGGAUAUUGACCAGUCUCGGGCUGAGAUAACUGCUCUUCAGACCCUUGUUGAUGCCCACCAUCGGGAGCACAAGGCUCUCUGCGAGAUGCUUGAGCGCAAGGGCGUUCUUCAUCGGAAGAAGCAGCGUACUGAUGGUACGGCUUAA